AUAAUUCAUCGUACAAUGCACUGCAAUCGCAUGUCCUGUCAACCCAACACCAUGAUCGCCUCUGCUAAUCUUAGUUCUCUCUCAUUCUCUUCCGGUGAGAGUUUCGCCGGGAACUUUCUUUCCCCGGGGUUCUUCUUUCUGCAUGAUGUUCAAAUCUGGGAGCUUCUUCUUGCUCUUUCUGUUUUCGUUGCUAUACAUUCUUUGAGGCAGAAGAAGCGUAAUGGGUUGCCCGUGUGGCCGUUUCUUGGAAUGUUGCCCUCUUUGGUUUCGGGUCUUCAGGGGAAUCUGUAUGAGUGGAUCACCGAUGUGAUUUGUAGUCAAAAUGGUACCUUUAGAUUCAAAGGUCCAUGGUUUAGCAGUCUGAAUUGUGUGGUGACUGCGGAUCCUCGGAACCUUGAGUAUCUUCUCAAGACAAAGUUCUCUAAUUUUCCUAAAGGCUGUUUCUUUCAUGACACGGUUCGUGAUCUUUUGGGAGAUGGGAUCUUUAGCGCCGACGAUGAGACGUGGCAACGACAAAGGAAGACGGCAAGCAUCGAGUUCCACUCAGCUAAGUUCCGGCAACUCACCACUGAGUCAUUGCUUGAACUCGUUCAUUCUAGGCUGUUACCCGUGCUUGAAGAUGCAGUCAACAGAGCAGCUUCCAUUGAUCUCCAAGACAUCCUAUUAAGGCUAACUUUUGAUAAUGUUUGCAUGAUUGCAUUCGGAGUUGACCCCGUUUUGCGGCCGGGGUUGCCGGAAAUCCCAUUUGCGAAAGCCUUCGAGGACUCGACGGAGGCCACAGUGUUCCGUUUUGUCACACCGACUUGUAUGUGGAAAAUCAUGAGAUAUCUUGAUUUGGGGACUGAAAGGAAGCUCAAACAAUCCAUUAAAGGCGUUGAUGAGUUUGCUGAGGAAGUUAUCAGGAGGCGGAAGAAGGAACUCUCUUUGUCAAGUGAUAAAAACUUGCAAAGAUCCGAUCUUUUAUCAGUGUUUAUGGGUCUGAAAGACGAAUAUGGACAGCCAUAUUCGGAUAAGUUUUUGCGUGAUAUUUGUGUGAAUUUUAUUCUUGCAGGAAGAGAUACGUCUUCUGUAGCGUUAAGCUGGUUCUUCUGGUUACUUGAACUAAAUCCGACGGUUGAGGAGAAAAUUCUUGAAGAGAUAUGCAGAAUUGUUGGUAAAAGAGAAGAAGCGAAAAGGGCAGAGUCGCCAUUGGUGUUUAAGCCAGAGGAGAUAAAGAAGAUGGAGUAUUUGCAUGCUGCAUUAUCGGAGGCUUUGAGACUAUAUCCUUCAGUUCCUGUAGAUCACAAGGAGGUGGUUGAAGAUGACAUAUUUCCAGAUGGAACAGUUGUGAAAAGAGGAACAAAAGUGAUAUACGCCAUUUACACAAUGGGAAGAAUGGAGGCCAUAUGGGGAAAAGACUGCAGAGAAUUCAAGCCAGAGAGAUGGCUGAGAGAGGGACGGUUCAUGAGUGAAUCAGCCUACAAGUUCACCGCCUUCAACGGCGGCCCUCGACUGUGUUUAGGCAAAGAUUUCGCCUACUACCAAAUGAAAUUCGCUGCAGCGUCGAUUAUAUACCGAUAUCAUGUGAAGGUGGUGAAAGGUCAUCCGGUGGUGCCGAAGCUCGCUCUGACCAUGUACAUGAAGCACGGAUUGAAAGUAAAUUUAUACAAGCGUCGCGAGAUUGAGCUGCAAAAGUACUAUAGCUAGCUCCAAGAAUCAUGAAUGAAGGCUGAGCUUGUAUGAAUAAAAUAUAUAUAAAUGGUUUCCUUAUAUAUUGCGCUACAUCUAUAAAUAUAUAGGGUUGACUGUAAGAAAAUAUUUUAUUAAAUUAUGUUUGAAUUGUAGAGUCGAUAUUGUUGAGUGGAUUGUUAAUAAGCAGCUAACUGGUGAUGAGUCAUUGGUAUAUACAUUUAGCUUUUCUGUGAUUUUGAUAUGGAAGUUGAGUUGCUAAAUCAAUUGAGCCCAAGAGCUAAUGAAAUGGUGUUUGAUGACA